CCCACAUUGAUUGAUGCAGCUCCACGACUGGGUUUCUGUAACUGUACAUAACGUCUGGUUGAUAGAUGUCACCGGAAUCCAACGUUUAACAGGCCGCUGCGGAAGAAGCUAUCUUGACCCACUACCUUCUCUCAACCUACAAUCGACAUCUUUCUGACAUUUGGCUACCUUAGAAAUAACUCUCAUCAGGCGGAUUGCUUAAAACGUCUUGCUGAGAGACUCCCAUCUCGCUCCUUUCAAGCUUCCAACCACUUAAUAUACGCACCUCAAACUCCUCUCAAGAUGUCGCAAGUCCACGCCUUGUCCGACGACCAGGUCGGGCAAGAGCUCCGCAAGAUGACGGCGUUCAUCAAGCAAGAAGCCCUCGAGAAGGCGCGCGAGAUCGAGAUCAAGGCGAACGAGGAAUUCAGCAUCGAGAAGUCCAAGCUCGUGCGCCAGGAGACCGACGCCAUCGACGCCGCGCACGCCAAGAAGCUGAAGCAGGCCGCCAUGUCGCAGCAGAUCACGCGGUCCACCGUCGCCAACAAGACCCGCCUGAAGGUCCUGGCCGCCCGCCAGCAGCUGCUCGACGACAUCUUCGAGGCCGCCUCCAAGAGGCUGGCCGACGGCGCCAAGGACCCCGCUAAGUACCGCGUCACCCUGAAGAACUUGUUGCUGGAGGGCUUGUACGCUCUGGCCGAGAGCGAGAUCCAGGUCCGUGCUAGGAAGGUCGAUUAUGAUAUUGUGAAAGAGGCUAUUAAGGACGCGGAGGAGGAGUAUAAGAAGACUAUAGGCAAGACGACUACUGUUACUAUCGACGAAGAGAAUCCGUUGGCUGAGGGCUGCUCCGGUGGCCUCGCAAUCGUAGGUGGCCAGGGAAAGAUCGAGAUCAACAACACCUUCGACGAGAGGCUCCUCCUUCUACAAUCUAGCGGUCUACCCGCCAUGCGAGAGACGCUGUUCGGCAAGAACCCCAACCGAAAGUUCUACGACUAAGGUUGCUCUCAUCCUCAUCCCGAGAUUCCAACCUCAUCCGCGAACACGCAAAGAAAUCACAAAACCAACAAACGCUGGACGUCUCAGCAAGACGGGGGAGAGAGAAAGAUCGUGUGUUUGGGCAGUGUGUCAUACUAUUAUCCUAACCUGUGGGAAGUCUCUUGAAAGGGGUAGUUGCAUUCGGGCGUAGGGCUGGCUGA